AUGAAGGAGUGCGAGUACCGGCAGAUCCCGCCCGGGGCGGCGGCCGCGGCAGGCCCGGGCCCGGGCAGGUCGCCGUCUCCGGCGGGGGCCGCGGCCCCGCGGGCCGGAGCGGCGCGGCGGCCCCGCAGGAAGUGGGAGGUGUUCCCGGGCCGCAACCGCUUCUACUGCGGCGGCCGCCUCAUGCUGGCGCGGCACAGCGGCGUCUUCGCCCUCACGCUCGGCCUCAUCCUGGCCACCAGCGGCCUCUUCUUCGCCUUCGACUGCCCCUUCCUUGCCAGUCACCUGACCCUGGCCAUCCCCAUCAUCGCCGCCGUCCUCUUCUUGUUUGUCAUCAGCUGCCUGCUCCAGACAAGCUUCAGAGACCCAGGGAUCCUGCCCAGAGCCACCCCCAGUGAGGCUGCAGACCUGGAGAAGCGAAUUGACAGCAUGGGCAACUCCACGUACCGUCCCCCAGCCCGCACCAUGGAGGUGGUGAUCAACAAGUACGUGGUGAAGCUCAAGUACUGCUACACCUGCAAGAUGUUCCGGCCACCACGCACCUCGCACUGCAGCGUCUGCGACAACUGCGUGGAGAGAUUUGAUCACCACUGCCCCUGGGUGGGCAACUGUGUGGGCAAGCGCAACUACCGCUACUUCUACGCCUUCAUCCUGUCCCUGUCCUUCCUCACCGCCUUCAUCUUCGCCUGCGUCGUCACCCACCUCACCCUGCGCUCUCAGAGGGAUGGGUUCCUGGCCACUCUGAAGACAACCCCUGCGAGUGUUCUGGAGCUGGUGAUUUGUUUUUUCUCAGUCUGGUCUAUUUUGGGCCUCUCAGGUUUUCACACUUAUUUAGUCGCCUCCAACCUGACGACGAACGAAGAUAUCAAAGGGUCCUGGUCAAACAAGAGGGGCUCGGAGUUUGCCAAUCCCUACAGCCAUAAAAGCAUCCUCACAAACUGCUGUGCAGUGCUGUGUGGGCCAUUCCAUCCCAGUUUGAUAGACAGAAGAGGAUUUAUCCAGCCAGAUGUCGGGACCCCAUCCAGUAGUCCCAAGAGUGAAAUCCCUUCCUUUGGAGCCAAAACUGACACCAGCAUGGGGUUUUGCCUGACUUAGCCCAACAGCUUGUGGGACCCUUGGGCUCGUGCUGGGAACUGGGGGUCCCUGGGGAGUGCCAGACCCCUGAGCUCCAUGGAAUUGCUGUGAUCCCUGCUGGGAAUGAGGUGGGCACUGACAAAUGAUCCCCACUCAGAGCUGGGCUGCAGGAGGUUUUGUGUGCCUGGUGUCCCUCUUAGCUCCAUGAACACACCCUGUUCCCCUGGGCCCACCUGGAAUCUAUUCUGGCUCUCAGGCUGCAGCAGCUUCCCCUUUCCUUGGGAAGCUGGGCUGUUCAGCUGGGAGGGUUCUGGCUCCCAGCAGACCUGGAAGCCAGUGAGGAUGUCCUGGGUGAUCCCUGCUGGUUCUGUUUUCUGGCUGGGGCUGUGUUUUGGCCCUGCAGGUUGGUCAGACACGUUUUUCAGCAAGGACACGAGUCAGGGGACCCUCCUCUAAUGGGGAAGAGGGAACACUCUGUGCUCUGUGGCUCUCAUGAGAUGCAGGUCACAAGGGUUAAGGUUUGGGAGCUGGAGCUUGCCAGGAUUGUGCCCUGUCUGUGGGAGACCAAAAGGCAACAGAGAAGUGUGUGAAUUCCUGAGGGUCACACCUUUCCCAGGUAGAGUUUGACAGAGGAAGCAGUUGGGGGGGGUGCUGGUCUCUGAUAAGCUCAUGGUGUGCUCAUGGUUGGGUUUCUGACCAGCAGAGUGUCCCCAGGGCUGUCCCCAGUGCCUUGGGAGCCAUCCCAGCGCUCCUUCAUGAGCACCACUCUGCACCCAGCUGUGUCUCCAGGGGGAAGGGAGAGUCACAAACCUUGUAGCAAUACUUGAAUCGUGUUAUUAGAUGCUGCUGGAUAUUUUUGCACAAUUUGUAGGACUUUUUUCUAGGUAGAACGUUUUCUGUCCUGCGCAGCUGUGCACAGGGCAGAGGCUCACAGUACCGAGCUGCCUGUCAGGUUUCUGUGGGUCAGACAGUCCAGUUUCAACCUGGGGCAGGGGCAGCACAUUUUGGGGGGCAGCCCAGCCCCCCUGAGUUCACCAGCAUUGUGCUCUGUAAUCUGCAAGCGCCUGUGCCAGGGGAAUGGCAGAGGAGCAGUGAGGAGGGGGUUACCAGGGGCCAGACUCCUUCCUGUUUUUAUUUAAACCAGUUUCCUUUGUUACUCAAUAAAAUUCUAUUUUUAAAGAGUUAACUGCUUUGAUGAUUAUUUUCCU